CCGAAAUUUAUUCUGUGCCCAUUCUUUACACCCAUCCAUCUCUCUCUCUCUCACAGACCUCCUCAAACACAUGUGCUAUCCUUCAACUUUUCAAUCAGAAAAAAGACAACCCAAUCAAGGUACCUCCAUUUGAGAGAAGAAAGAGAGAGCUUUUUCAGAGAGAGAAAAUUUGUUAAUAUUGGUGGAUUGGAUCGAUCUGUGUGUGAGUUUUGGUUAUGGGGAAGGUAGCGGUGGGGGCAGCGGUGGUAUGCGCCGCGGCGGUGUGUGCUGCGGCGGCGUUGGUGGUGCGCCACCGAAUGAAGAGCUCCGGUCAGUGGGCCAAAGCAAUCGCAAUAUUAAAAGAGUUACAAGAGAAGUGUGAGACCCCCACAGGGAAGCUCCGGCAGGUGGUCGAUGCCAUGACGGUGGAGAUGCACGCCGGACUCGCAUCUGAAGGGGGUAGCAAGCUCAAGAUGAUCAUCAGCUACGUCGAUAACCUACCUACUGGGGAUGAGAAAGGAUUAUUUUAUGCAUUGGAUCUUGGUGGCACAAAUUUCCGUGUCUUGCGUGUACUGUUGGGUGGGAAAGAAAAGCAUGUUAUCAAACAAGAAUUUGACGAAGUUUCGAUUCCUCCACAUUUGAUGGUUGGGACUUCUGAGGCAUUAUUUGAUUUUAUUGCUGCGGCACUUGCAAAAUUUGUUGCUACUGAAAGUGAAGAUGUUAAUCUUUCAUCCGGUAGACAAAGGGAGCUGGGCUUCACUUUUUCGUUUCCAGUUAGGCAAUCAUCAAUUGCAUCAGGCGCUCUUGUUAAAUGGACCAAGGGUUUCUCUAUAGAAGAUGCGGUUAAUCUCAAGACACAGAAACAAUUGGACAAGGCAGUGAAACACACUGGAAAACUCUUGCCCAUUAGAUCUGUUGGACAAGAUGUGGUGGGAGAGCUGUCAAAAGCCUUGGAAAGAGUUGGCCUCGAUAUGCGUGUGACUGCUUUGGUCAAUGAUACUGUUGGAACAUUAGCAGGAGGUAGAUACAGCAACCCUGAUGUUAUUGCUGCUGUAAUCUUGGGUACUGGAACUAAUGCCGCAUAUGUGGAGCGUGCACAGGCAAUUCCUAAGUGGCAUGGUCUGCUUCCCAAGUCAGGAGAGAUGGUUAUCAACAUGGAAUGGGGCAACUUCCGGUCAUCACAUCUUCCACUAACGGAAUACGAUCAAGCUCUGGAUGUCGAGAGUCUGAAUCCUGGCGAGCAGAUUUUUGAGAAGAUUAUUUCUGGCAUGUAUCUGGGAGAAAUUGUACGCAGAGUUUUGUGCAGAAUGGCUGAAGAAGCUGCCUUUUUUGGUGACACAGUCCCACCAAAACUGAAAAUUCCUUUCAUUUUAAGGACUCCUCACAUGUCUGCAAUGCAUCACGACACGUCUUCGGAUCUCAAAGUGGUCGGUAGCAAACUAAAGGACAUAUUAGAGAUAUCGAAUACUUCCCUGAAAACAAGGAAAGUAAUUGUUGAGCUUUGUGAUAUUGUUGCUACUCGUGGGGCCCGCCUUUCUGCUGCUGGGAUCAUAGGUAUUCUCAAGAAAUUAGGACGAGACACUGUGAGGGAGGGAGAGAACCAGAGAUCGGUCAUAGCAUUAGAUGGCGGAUUGUUUGAGCACUACAAAAAGUUCAGAGAUUGUAUGGAGAGCACUCUUAAUGAGUUGCUGGGAGAGGUUUCAGAAACUGUUGUUGUUGAGCAUUCGAAUGAUGGCUCAGGCAUUGGAGCUGCCCUCCUGGCGGCUUCUCAUUCCCAGUACCUUGAAAUUGAGGAAUCUUGAUUCUAGUCAACGCCACUGGAAUGUUUCCCCCAUUUCUUCACAGCUUCCCUCAGAACAUUUAGAGCCUUUCUUAUUUCUUUGUAUAAUAGAUCAUGCCAGCAAAGCCUUAAUUUAUAGUCCUGUAAGGCUUUGAUCCAAGCUAUGAUUCAACAAGCUCCGGGCCAUAUCCUGCCAUUCUGCUCCUUUUCUAGCAUUGUAGAACAGUGCAAAUUGUGCAAUUUCUGCUUAUAUAGCAAAUAAAGUUGGGGAUUGAGGCUGUUUAUUUGAGGAACUUUAUCCUCUUGUCUUUCAAGCAAAUAAAACAGAAUUUUGUGUAUUUGUGCUUUCGCUUGUGUUUUUUUU